AUGAAGAUUCUGUGUCUCCACGGAAGGGGCUCCAACAAUGAUAUCUUUCAACUUCAAACGGCUGCUUUCAGAUCAGAAUUGAAUGAUUUUGCCUUUGAAUAUGUCCAAGGGACCGUGCCACACACUGAAGGCAAUUGGUCUCUGUAUACAGCGGCAUUUCCAGAUACACCACUGUACGGGUACUAUAACCCUUUGCAGCCGGCUUCGGUUACCCAAGCGGAGGACGAUUUGCUUCAAUUGAUCGAGCAAGAAGGUCCUUUUGACGGCGUCUUGGCCUACUCCGGUGGAACCGCGCUGGCCGCUCAGAUUAUCAUCCGAGACAGUCAGAAAAAUGCUUUCAGUUUGCCCGAUGAACGACCGUUCCGAUUUGCUAUCUUCAUCAAUGGAGUCACCCCCUUGAAAGUUAUCCCUGCUCAAGAAGUCAAGGGCGAAUCUUUAGACCAGUCUAACGAUUCUUCACUGGCGAUGGAAGAGGUAUCAAAUCUGUUAUUGAGGGAUUCGGCUACCAGGGUGCGCAAGAAGCGGUCCGAGUACGACACCUAUGAUCCCGCCGCCAUUAAACAGGAUAUUGCUUCGCUGGAAUCCCGAGUCACUCUUGAUGGCCGACCGUGUUUAUCAAACGGAAUAGAGGCAAUCACUAGAUACCAUGCGGAUCUGGAUGGUGUUCUCAUUGAUAUCCCCACUCUCCAUGUCCGCUGCUUGGAGGAGGUAGAUGAAGACCAUGGUUUAAAUCUUACCAAGUUGUGCGAGUCCGAAUUGGUCACGGAAUACUUCCACAAAAAUGGUGAAGAUUUUCCUCGCGGCCAUACAGAGAUGAAGAGGAUCGCACAGUUGAUUCGGGGAACAGCAGAACGGGCAUAG